AUGCGUAAGGCGCUGCUGGGGCCCCGUAUGCGUGCAGCGCGCGGCUCACUUGUGCAUUGCUCACAUUGGUCGAUGGCCUCCGCUGUCCUAGUGCUGUGGAACAAUCCAUGUGCAGUAUGUAAUAUUCGCCUUAUGCAGCAGAGCCCUCGCCUUGCCAGCCCGUCACAGCCAGUACUGCAGUACAUUCGGCAGCAUCAGGUAUUCUGUAACGCUCACAGCGUUUUGGAACAGUUACCAUCGUCAGUCCUAAAAGGAGGUGCAACCCCAGUGGUGCACGUGAUGGUCAUAAUCAUCACCAUCACCAUCAUCAUGGUGGAGAUCAUGGCGAUAACGACGACGCUAGCUGACUGA